AUGAGGGACCGCGGUCUCGCAGCAGGCAGCAGCCGUAGCGCCCUCCGGGAGUCCGGGUGGGAAGCGACCGUUGGGAUGCCCCUCCCCGUCCCGGCCUCUCCCUCACCCUGGGGGUACCUUGAACAUAACAGGAAAUUUCAAAUAACAGGAAACCGAGACCGGGCAAGGCGAGCGGCUCCACCCUGCCUGGGGCGAACCACCCCGGGCCUCAGUCUGCCCCCGGGGACCACGAUGAACGCCACAGGGGCCCCGACCGCGGCCCCCGAGUCCUGCCAGCUGCUGGCGGCCGUCGGGCACAGCCAGCUCAUCGUCCUGCACUACAACCACUCUGGCCGGCUGGCGGGGCGGGGCGGGCCCGGGGAGGGCGGCCUGGGGGUGCUGCACGGGCUCUUCGUGGCCGUGAGCUGCCUGGUGGUGCUGGAGAACCUGCUGGUGCUGGUGGCCAUCGCCAGCCGCAUGCGCUCCCGCCGCUGGGUCUAUUACUGCCUGGUGAAUAUCACGCUCAGCGACCUGCUCACAGGCGCCGCGUACCUGGCCAACGUGCUGCUGUCCGGGGCGCACACCUUCCGCCUGGCGCCGGCCCAGUGGUUCCUGCGCGAGGGCCUGCUCUUCAUGGCGCUGGCCGCCUCCACCUUCAGCUUGCUCUUCACGGCGGGCGAGCGCUUCGCCACCAUGGUGCGGCCGGUGGCCGAGAACGGGGCCACCAAGAGGGGCCGCGUGUGCAGCUUCAUCGGACUCUGCUGGCUGCUGGCGGCCCUGCUGGGCCUGCUGCCUCUGCUGGGAUGGAACUGCGUCUGCGCCUUCCAGCGCUGCUCCAGCCUGCUCCCGCUCUACUCCAAGGGCUACAUCCUCUUCUGCGUGGUGGUCUUCGCCUGCAUCUUGGCCACCAUCAUGGUGCUCUACGGGGCCAUCUUCCGAGUGGUGCGCGCCAACGGGCAGAAGGCCCCGUGCAGCCCGGCCCGCCGCAAGGCUCAGCGGCUGCUCACGACGGUCCUCAUGAUCUUGGUGGCCUUCGUGGUGUGCUGGGGCCCGCUCUUCGGCCUGCUGCUGGCCGACAUCUUUGGCCCCAACGUCUGGGCUCAGGAGUACCUGCGGGGCAUGGACUGGAUCUUGGCGCUGGCCGUGCUCAACUCCGCGGUCAACCCGCUCAUCUACUCCUUCCGCAGCCGCGAGGUGUGCCGGGCCGUGCUGGGCUUCCUCUGCUGUGCGUGUCUCCGGUUGGGACUGCGAGGGCCUGGGGACUGCCUGGCCCGGGCCGCCGAGGCCCAAUCCGUCGCCUCCACCACCGACAGCUCGCUGAGGCCGAGGGACAGCUUUCGGGGCUCCCGCUCGCACAGCUUCCGGAUGCGGGAGCCCCUGUCCAGUAUCUCCAGCGUGCGGAGCAUCUGA